GUUGGGGCGAGGGCAGCAGGAGUAUGUUGACCCACGCGGCGUGCACGUGGUGGUGGGUAGAUACAUUGGCGACGCCGGCGACGUCGGCUCCAUGCCUGCCAACCUUACAGAUGAGGAGCUGAACGCGAACGCGUUCACGCCGCAGGAGGGCGCGGGGCGCGACGGGCUGCCCGUGCUGCUGCCGCCGGCCGCGCAGGCACGCGCGCGCCGCCUCUACCGCGUCAACCGCUACAACCUCGUGGCCUCGGACCGCGUGCCGCUCAACCGCUCGCUGCCCGACGUGCGCAAGAAGCGGUGCCAGGGCAAGUACUCGGCCGAGGGGCUGCCGGCGGCCAGCGUCGUCAUCGUCUUCCACAACGAAGCGUGGUCGGCGCUGCUGCGCACCGUGCACAGCGUCAUCGACCGCUCCCCGCGCGCGCUGCUGCAGGAGAUCAUCCUCGUCGACGACGGCAGCUCC